AUGUUCUUGCUGCUGGUGUUCUUCAUACUGCUUCGAGAAGGGGAGGCUGCAGCAGCCUGCAGACUUGCUGCUAAGGCUAGCGAGGCAGCCUUAGAACAACACAAUUUACUCAGAGAAAAAGUUGCUUCUCGUCAGCUGGACAAGGCAAUUUAUGGAAAUUUACCAGGAUCAAAAAGUCUUUUCAAGCUGAAAUACGACUGCACUAACGAAGGACUUGCUCUCGCUACCAUAGGAAACAAAUGUAAGCAUUCAAGCAUAUACAUGGACAAAGUUGGAAGGGGCGAGAACUUUAUUACAUACCGACUGAAAACUAACCCAAAACCGGCGCAAUUGGCUGAGCUUUUUGAAUAUGCUGUGGAGGACUGGAGUCUUACGGUAGAAAAUCCGUUGAGCGCAGAUGUGGUGUAUUCUGACACAUCCAUGGAGCCAUUUGCUAAUAUGAUUUACAACAAAACGCUCAAGAUUGGAUGUGCUUACUUGUUUUGCCAAGACCAGGGCAAGGUAGCUCUUGCGUGUGUAUACGAGAAGAGGCCCAUAGAAGGAGAGCCACUUUACUGGGCAGAUUCCAAGAACGACAAGGGCUGUACGAAAGACGCUCCUUGCAAAAAACUCAUCAAAGGUGCUGUAUGCUCAAGCAAUAAUGGCAAAGUUGGUCCACUUUGUUUGCAAGAACCUCCUCCUGCAACAGAAGCUCCGGAAACCACAACAGAGGAGCCAGAGACCCCAACUGACGACCCGGAAACCCCAACAGACGACCCAGAAACCCCUACAGAUGACCCGGAGACCCCGACAGACGACCCAGAAACCCCAACAGAUGAGCCGGAGACUCCAACAGACGACCCAGAAACCCCUACAGAUGAUUCGGAGACCCCGACAGACGACCCAGAAACCCCAACAGAUGAGCCGGAGACUCCAACAGACGAUCCAGAGACCACAACAGAUGGAGAGCAAAUCCUUAAUUAA